CGUGAAGUGGCACUUUGUGGCCGCUGCCGCUCGCUUUGUUGAGGCAGACGAGCGAUGUGUGACGAUGUUUCGAUGUGGACGCGAGCUGGUGUAAACGCCGCGUGAAUGGUGAGGCGCUAGUGGUGGACUUGAAGGGCGGACGAGAGGCUGUAUGCGGUCGUUGAAGCGCCCGAGCACAGUUGCAAAUGAGAUGAAGAUGAGCUUAGGAAGCAAAGGGUGGGAUGUGGCUGCCUCUGCAAGGACGGCCCGUCUGUGUGUGCUGCUGGUUCCACGACUGGCGGUGUGUGGUGUGAUGGAAGCCAGGGGCGCUAUCUUGACGCGGGCCGACGAGGCUUGUCCCCUGAGCCGCGCUGGGUAUUGCGAAUGCUGCUACUCGCUCACAACGGAGCACGAAGAAAGCUCGUUGGAGAGCUCGGGCAGAGCUGACCAGUCGCUCAGAUUGCACGCGUCGCGGCUGCACCAGUUACGAGCGCAAGUGUUAUCAAGUAUACGCGAGCCAAAAACGGACCGGCAGUCGUGUGAUGUCCGUCUGUUGUCUUGAGAGAUCUAGGUUUCCGAUUUGCUUGCGCCGACGCCCAUCAGGGAUCGCGUGUGGUGCGACGGCUGAGUGGAUAUAGCGCAUCAGAGAUCGGGUUGGGAGACAAAGGCUAAGCAAGAAACAUCAAGAAUGAAGAAUGAAGAGUGCGAAUCUGAAUG